GGUCCGCCGACACUUGUGGCUCGGCCGCUCUAGCUCUCCGCGGAGUCGCGGCGGCUCGCCGAGGCCCAACCCGUUGCCCAGGCAACAAGGCUCCCGGCAGCCCCCGCGGCCCGGAGUCCAUCCCGCCUCCUCCGGGCUGGCGGGGCUGACGAGUCCUGAGGGGCUGCCGCGGGAGGUGAGUCCGCGAGCGCGCUGGCGGGUCCCUGGUGUCUCCGACGUCCCCGACUGCGGCCCCGCGCCUUUCGUGCUCCCGGCAGAGCCGCCCUUCCCUGGCUCAGCCCGUCGGAGUCUCCACAGCCGCGUCGCCGACGCACUGGCAGCCACCACACGCGGCGCCGCUGUCACAGCCCGCGUCCGAGCGAGCGGGGCGCCGGGCGUCGCAGCGUUCACAUACCGCCCGGGGCCGCCGCGGCGCCCCAGCUCCCCUCGCUCCUCCCCUGCGGCCCCACCCUACAUCCCUCUUGCCGCGGGCUCCGGGCUGCAGAGCCCGGCGAUUGACGUUUCGUUCCGUUCUGUCCCCCGACCCGCAGCAGGAACCCUUACGUUCGCCUACCAGCGCCAAGCAGCUGGCUUGGGCACCCACUAGGAGUUCACAGGUUUCCCUAGAUGAUGAAUAAACAGUCCUUCUGCCUGAAGAACAUCUGUGGAAACCUUGACCAUGGCAUCGAUAUCAGAACCUGUAACAUUCCGAGAAUUCUGCCCUUUGUACUAUCUCCUCAAUGCCAUUCCCACAAAGAUCCAGAGGGGCUUUCGCUCUAUUCUGGUCUACCUCACAGCCCUGGAUGCUAACGGAGACUACAUUGCAGUGGGCAGCAGCAUUGGCAUGCUCUACCUGUACUGCCGGCACCUCAACCAGAUGAAGAAGUACAACUUUGAAGGGAAGACAGAGUCUAUCACUGUGGUGAAGCUGCUGAGCUGCUUUGAUGACCUUGUGGCAGCAGGCACCGCCUCUGGCAAGGUUGCAGUUUUCCAGCUUGUGUCUUCACUGCCGGGGAGGAACAAGCAGCUUCGGAGAUUUGAUGUCACUGGUGUUCAUAAAACCAGCAUUACAGCUCUGGCUUGGAGCCCCAAUGGGAUGAAGUUGUUCUCUGGAGAUGACAAGGGGAAGAUCGUCUACUCCUCUCUAGAUCUAGAUCAGGGUACCUGCAGCUCACACCUUGUGUUGGAAGAGCCGUCUUCCAUUGUGCAGCUGGAUUACAGCCAGAAAGUGCUGCUCGUGUCGACCCUGCAGAGAAGCCUGCUCCUUUACACAGAGGAACGGGCUGUCAAGCAGAUUGGGUCUCAGCCAAGGAAAAGUACUGGGAAAUUUGGUGCUUGUUUUAUACCAGGACUGUGUAAGCAAAGUGACCUCACUCUGUACGCAGCCCGGCCUGGGCUAAGGCUGUGGAAGGCCGAUGUCCAUGGGACGGUUCAAGCCACAUUUAUCCUCAAGGAUGUCUUUGCUGGAGGAGUCACACCUUUUGAACUCUAUCCUCGCCUGGAGCCUGAUGGGGGAGGCUGCAGCUCACCUGAGAAACACCUGGGGCUCGUUUCAUGCUUCUUUCGAGAAGGCUGGGUGCUGAGCUGGAAUGAGUACAGUAUCUAUCUUCUGGAUACCAUCAACCAGGCCACUGUUGCUGGUUUGGAAGGAUUGGGUGAUAUUGUGUCUGUUUCCUGCACAGAAAAUGAAAUAUUUUUCCUAAAGGGAGAUAGGAACAUUAUAAGGAUUUCAAGCAGGCCUGAAGGACUUGGAUCCAUAGUGAGAGAUGGUCUGGAGACAAGAUGUUCAGAGCAGGUCCGUGGGCAGCAUGUGGAGAAGUCACUGGGGGCCACUGUUUGUGAGACAAGACUUCGAGGCUCUUCUGUGGCCAGUUCUGUGGCCAGUGAGCAACGGAGCAGGAGCAGUUCACUCAACUCCACGGACAGUGGCUCUGGGCUGCUGUUGCCCGGACUUCAGGCUGCCCCUGAGCUGGACCAGGGUGGCCAGCCAUCCUCACAGAGAUUCAGUAUUAUCAGUUCUGAAGACUUUGACCAGGAGCUUAUUGUGAAACCCAUCAAAGUGAAGAAGAGGAGGAGGAAGAGAAAGACAGAAGGCGGAAUCAAGAGCACCUGCCACAGUUCCCUCGAGUCAACUCCCUGCUCCGAGUUCCCUGGUGACAGCCCCCAAUCCGUGAACACAGACCUCUUGUCCAUGACCUCAAGUGCUCUGGGCAGUAGUGUGGAUCAGUUGAGCACAGGGUCUCCAGACCAGGAGAGCAACCCCAGUGCUGAGGUGAAUGGGAUCCUGCAAGAAGACAAUGGCUCUGAAACAUUCAGUGUCCUAGGGAUUCCUGAAUCUGCCCUUGACCCAGUGGAUGGAGAAAAUGGCACUAGAAAGGCACCUUCCCAGUGUGACCACACAAAGGACAUGGACCUGCUCCAUGGAGUGUUGAAUUCACCUUUGCGGCCAGGGGAGAAUAUGGGAAGUAGUGACAUCAUCUCAGGCCUUGAAGAGGAGCCUGCCCCUGCUGCUGAUGCAGCAGGACGUACACAGUUAUGUCUGAGAAAACAGGAUAGCUCUGCUGAGGCAUGGGAAGUGAACACCAUGGAGUUCAGUGAUCCCCAGAGCACUUUUCCUGAAGCCCCUCUUCUGGACUCACUUAUGGCACCUUCCAGACUCAGCUGGCCCCCAGGUGCUGAGCAGUGGCUGCCUGGGAUUGGAGUUUAUGAAGUCCACACUGAAGAGACCAGCCCAGAGCCAGAUAUUCUGACCAAUGUGGAGGUUCCUAGCCACCCGAGCUCAAACCCUUGGCAUGUAGUCACCGAUAAUGACACAGGUCAGAAAGAAAUACCCACUGCUGAAUGUGCUAUAGGAAAUGUGGAAGGACAGGUGACUCCUCUUACUUCUGCCUUGGUGACCAGCACCCAUGAGCAUUGGCUGGACCAACCUUUCCAGGAUCAGGCAGUGACAUCCAGUGAUGAGGAAGACAUUUAUGCCCAUGGGCUCCCAUCUUCAUCCUCAGAGACGAGUGUGGCAGAGCUUGGAGCUGGUCGCUCUCUGCAGGACCUGAGCCUGCUGGGGACUGAUGACGCCACACUGCUCAAGACAGAUCAGUUUGCAGAGAGCUGGAUGGGCUACUCCGGUCCUGGCUAUGGCAUCCUCAGCUUGGCGGUCUCGGAAAAGUUUAUCUGGUGCCUGGACUACAAAGGUGGCCUGUUCUGCAGUGCCCUGCCUGGUGCUGGGCUGCGCUGGCAGAGGUUUGAAGAUGCUGUCCAGCAGGUGGCAGUCUCCCCCUCAGGGGCUCUUCUCUGGAAGAUUGAGCAGAAAUCUAACCGUGCUUUUGCUUGUGGCAAAGUUACCAUCAAGGGAAAGCGGCACUGGUAUGAGGCUCUGCCCCAGGCUAUAUUUGUGGCCCUGAGUGAUGACACAGCCUGGAUCAUCAGGACCAAUGGAGAUCUGUACCUUCAGACAGGUCUCAGUGUGGAUCGGCCCUGUGCCCGAGCGAUGAAGGUCGACUGUCCUUACCCACUGUCCCAGAUCACUGCCCGGAACAGUGUGGUUUGGGCACUGACAGAGCAGAGGGCCCUCCUGUACCGGGAGGGCGUGAGCAGCUUCUGUCCUGAAGGGGAACAGUGGAAGUGUGAUAUUGUCAGUGAAAGGCAAACUCUGGAGCCUGUUUGCAUAACUCUCGGAGAUCAGCACACGCUCUGGGCCCUGGACAUUCAUGGGAAGCUGUGGUUCAGAACUGGCGUGAUUCCCAAGAAGCCCCAAGGAGAUGAUGACCAUUGGUGGCAGGUGAGCAUCACGGACUAUGUGGUGUUCGACCAGUGCAGCUUGUUCCAGACCAUCAUGCAUGCCACACACUCAGUAGCGACAGCAGCUCAAGCCCCUGUGGAAAAGGUAGCAGAUAAACUGCGCAUGGCAUUUUGGUCUCAGCAGCUUCAGUGCCAGCCCAGCCUACUAGGGGUUAACAACAGUGGCGUCUGGAUCUCCUCAGGCAAGAAUGAAUUCCAUGUUGCUAAAGGAAGUCUCAUAGGAACUUACUGGAAUAACAUUGUUCCCCGAGGAACAGCUUCAGCUACAAAAUGGGCCUUUGUGUUGGCUUCUCCUGCCGCUACCCAAGACGGAAGCUCCUUGUGGCUGUGCCAGAGCAGCAAGGACCUGUGCAGCAUCAGUGCCCAGAGUGUGCAGUGCCGCCCCUCCACAGUGCAGUUGCCCCCCGACACCGAGAUGAAGACCUAUGCUGCCUGCCAGGAUGCACUGUGGGCCUUGGACAACCUCGGGCAGGUGUUCAUCAGGACGCUUUCUCAGAGCUGCCCCACAGGCAUGCACUGGACGAAACUGGACCUUUCCCAGCUAGGAAAUGUAAGACUGACCAGCUUAGCAUGUGGAAAUCAGCAUAUCUGGGCCUGUGACUCCAAGGGUGGAAUUUACUUCCGUGUUGGAACCCAGCCUCUGAAUCCCAGCCUGAUGCUUCCAGCCUGGAUCAUGAUUGAGCCCCCUGUCCAGCCUGCCGGGGUCACCUUGGUCAGCGUCCAUUCUAGCCCCAAUGACCAGAUGCUGUGGGCCCUGGACAGCAGAUGGAAUGUGCACGUGCGGACUGGGAUCACUGAGGAGAUGCCUGUGGGGACAGACUGGGAGCAUGUGCCAGGGUUACAGGCCUGCCAGUUGGCACUGAGCACCAGGACAGUGUGGGCCCGAUGUCCAAAUGGUGACCUUGCCCGCCGAUAUGGCGUCACAGACAAGAACCCUGCUGGAGACUACUGGAAGAAAAUUCCCGGAAGUGUGUCAUGUUUCACAGUGACCUCAUCAGACGAGCUGUGGGCAGUGGGCUCCCCUGGCUAUCUUCUCCAGCGACUGACAAAGACGUUCAGCCAUUCACACAAUACCCCAAAGAACAGCCAGGCAGCCACCUUCCACCCUGAGGACCUGGAGGAUGAGUGGGAGGUCAUCUGAAGGAGCCCCAGGCAGCCAGUCAGGAAGGAAACUGAGGCUCUGUGAUGGAUGCUGAUGUUUCCUAGUGGCUUACUUACGGACGUGCCUCAUCCACCAGGCUGGAUACCCCACACUUGCUUUCCUCUGUAUUUGUUUCCAUCUCAUUCCAGAACUCACAGCCUCAGCCGUGUGCCCGGAGCUGUCACUGUAGCAGCAGCACCUUUGACAUCUUUCCAAGGUCACCUCCAAAUGGUAGCAGUGGCUGCUGCUGCUCAGUUGCAUGCACUUGUUACCUGUGCACCACAGUAAAUUCUCUGCAGCAACUACAGAUCCUGGUGUGGGGGCCAACAGGGACACCACCAUAGGCAGAUGAGUCAAAGCCAGGUAGAGUCAGGCAGGUGUCCAUCCAUACCAGAACCCCAGGCUAAACAGGCCUGCAGGUCAGAGCUCACAGCCAUCAGAUGUGUUUGGUGAUGGUAUUGACUUCUUCAUAGAGUCCCUCACAUCUCUCUGGGAGGUACAGGCCACAGUGUACGUCCCACACUAGACAUUCCAGGUGGGAAAGUACCAUCCAGGAUGGAGGCUGGAUUGUGCAGGGAAUACACAUCCUUGCCUCAUCAUGUUGUCCACACUCAGGGUAGCUACCCACGUCAGCAAACACAACAGCCAAUUGGUCAGACAGAGCACAGAGGUGCCCAAAUGGUCCAUUUAGUCCAGCACAGGGUGCUGGUCAGACACAGUGGGGGAAGAGGCUGAACUAGUCUAGAGACAUCUUUGGAAAGACAUUUGACUAGUGUGCUGGUGGGCACCCUAAAGCCAGGCACUUCCUCAGAUGAUGAAUCUAGUCAAUUGCCUUUUCAUUUGUUGUGUUACAAACCUGAAUAAGAUACCUCAUUUUAGAUGAAAUCUCACAAAUGUAGAAGAUAAAUGUAUCUUUUGAAAACAGUGAAGGUCUUCUGUUCCUUCAGGAGGUUUAUCCUAAGCCCACCUUAUCUUAGAGCUUUGCAGGGGUGGUAUCCCUUAUCAUGUCUUCAGUGGACAUAGCAUGAACUCCCCAGCAGCUGGAAAGAGUGCCUCCUGCUCACAGCUGCCAUCACCAUGUCGGGACAGCAGCACUCUUUACACAGGCUUCAGGGCAGGCUGCCCACAGUGUGUCCUUCCCUGAGCCUGCUGCCCCCACCUAGGAGGUCCCUGUCACUGCUCCACACUGGCUCCUUUUUUUAAUCCACCUGGUCCAGGCAGUUACUUGAUGUCUGUUUUCUACUAAGCAUGUGUCAGGACCCUCAGGCCCAGGUGAAAGAAAGGCCCCAGCAAUCAUGAAGCAGAGGCUUCCAGGUCUCAGCAAUAAUGAGCUGCUGAGACUUGACUGCACUUCAUUUUAUACACUCCUUUUUGUAAAAGUUCAAUGGCAGCCCCAGCUGGGCUGCACCCCUUCUGUGGAUGGUGUGCCUUGCCCAGCUCCUCACAAUGGCAGCACGCCCCUGAGCCCACAGGGACGAUAGUGCAAUUAAACCCAAGUUAAGCAGACACCUCAAAACUAUUUUGAGCUUCAGUGCUUUAUAUGAUUUUCUUUUUGGUUUUAUAUUUUAGUUGUACUUUGAGAUCAUGCAAAAUGUUAGACUUUUUCCAAACGUUGAGUCUGAUGACUGAGCUGAGAGGCCUGCAGGGGACCAUCUCCUUCUGGCCUGCAGAAAGCCCACCAGCCCAGCCACACUGCAGCAGAGCACCAUUGCCUGGUCUUGGGCCAGCUUCCCAGGGUGGUAUAGUGGGCAGUGGCUACUCCACAGAUGGACACACCCUCUGACAGCCCUGGAGAGGAUGCCCCAAAGAAGGCAGAAUGAAGGGCUGUCCCAAGACAAUAGUCUUUCGUUGGUUUGAGACAGUCUUAUGUAGACCAGGCUGGCCUCUAAUUCACCAUGUAGCUAGCCAAGGUUGGCUUUUUCUGAUCCUUCUUUCAAGUUCUAGGAUUACAGGUGUGCACCACCAUGUCCUGCUAAGAUGUCUAUGAGUACAGCUCACUUUCGGAAUCCUCACUGGGAUGUUUCUCUUAGAGGAAUUCUUAAAAUCAUGACAGUACCCACAUAUACCCCCAGACUACUGCUCAGGUCUCCUGGCUUCAUGUGCCCUUUCUAGAACCCAGGAAGGAGAAUAUUGUUAGUCAAUGAGCCUAGCUUGGCGAAUCUGCUGACCUGUGCUGAUGCCACAAACUCCUGGAGUGGCCCCAGUAAGGGCCAGCACAAUCCAGACCAUGGCUGGGCCUUCCCCCAAGCAGCCAAGCAGCAUCCUAGGGUAUCAUACACAGCAUUCCAUAGGCAUUGCCAUGGGAGGAAACAACUAUACAGCUGCUGUGCCUACUGUUUCCAGUUAACAAGGAAAACCUGCCUUUGCCUCCCGGGGGGGUGGGGGGGGGUGGGGUAAGUGCUUUGUAAACCCAGAUAAUGGGACAGCCACAGAAAACUCAUGUGGAGAUUUUUACUAUUCAGAAUGUAGAGCCUGUAAGUCAGAAAUCCAUGUGGGCCUGGAGAUGUGGCUUAGUGGUAACAGACCUAGCAUGUACACCGCACCACAGACCGAAAACCCUACCUGGGCCCAGAGCAUGCCUGCAAUCCCAGCACUCAGGAAGCUGAGGCAGGAUUGCCACAAGU